GCCAAGAGGAAGCAGGGGGUUUAGCAGGGAGCUGGAAGGGAUCGUGCGACCAAGGCUUUCAAGACACUUACACGAAAUCAUGGCCAGUUGUCGGAUUAGAGAAAGAAACAGCCACCCAAAGCAGCAUCAACUGGAUUAAUUUACACUCCCGAUGAAACCUGCAUUUACAUGAUUUUUAAACUGAAAACAAAAGUAAUCUGGAGUGUUGAGUUGCUACAGAAAGGCACUAGUCCUGGAAAACUGGUCAGCACAUGCAGCAACUGGAGCCUGCUUGCAGUGCAGAUCAUUUUUAAAAGAAGCAUAAAAGCAGAGGCCGCCAUCCUGCAGGCUGCCUUGCUGGAGGGCUAGUGCGGAGCAGCGUGUGGCAUCGAGGACAGAGUUUUAUCAUUUUCUCCUCCUUUAAAGCAGGUGUUGGAUUGUAUUUUAGAAUUACUACACUGAAUUUCUGGAGCAGAUGUUUUCACAACACUUCAAGAGUGGCUGAGAAACUAAUUGCUGGAAUGCUCUAGAGAGGGGAAAAUACCCAAGGGUGUGGAUUUGAUUUUAUUGAAUUGGAAUUAUUUCUAUCCUGACCAAAGAAGUAAUUGGAAUCAUGGAUCAGAACAACAGUUUACCACCCUAUGCCCAGGGGUUAGCCUCCCCUCAGGGUGCCAUGACUCCUGGAAUUCCAAUUUUUAGCCCAAUGAUGCCCUAUGGCACUGGACUGACACCACAGCCUGUCCAAAGCAGCAACAGCCUGUCUAUUCUGGAGGAACAGCAGAGGCAGCAGCAAGCAGCACAACAGUCCACAUCACAGCAAGCAACACAGGGAACAUCCAGUCAAACGCCACAGCUCUUCCAUUCACAGACUCUUACUACAGCUCCUUUACCAGGAACCACGCCACUCUAUCCCUCUCCAAUGACUCCUAUGACCCCAAUAACUCCUGCAACGCCUGCAUCUGAGAGCUCUGGGAUUGUGCCACAGUUGCAGAAUAUUGUGUCCACUGUGAAUCUUGGUUGCAAACUUGACCUAAAAACUAUUGCACUUCGAGCCCGAAAUGCUGAAUACAAUCCCAAGCGUUUUGCUGCUGUCAUCAUGAGAAUAAGAGAACCACGUACAACUGCACUUAUAUUCAGCUCUGGAAAAAUGGUGUGCACGGGGGCUAAAAGCGAGGAGCAAUCCAGAUUGGCAGCAAGGAAAUAUGCCAGAGUUGUUCAAAAAUUGGGCUUUCCAGCAAAAUUCUUGGAUUUUAAGAUUCAGAACAUGGUGGGAAGCUGUGAUGUGAAAUUUCCUAUCAGAUUAGAGGGAUUGGUACUUACACAUCAACAGUUUAGCAGUUAUGAGCCAGAGUUGUUUCCUGGCUUAAUCUACCGAAUGAUCAAGCCAAGAAUUGUCCUGCUUAUUUUUGUGUCUGGAAAGGUGGUUUUAACUGGUGCUAAAGUCAGAGCGGAAAUUUAUGAAGCAUUUGAAAACAUAUAUCCUAUUUUAAAGGGAUUCAAAAAAACAACGUAACAGUUUUUAAAUACUUCAAAGAAAUUUUAGAGGUACAUUUUAAAAGGUAUUGAGUAUGGCACAGUAGUGACAAGUGAUGGACUUUGUUACAAAGUGCGACACCAAGACUUGGAGUAUUUUCCAGUUAGUGCCUACUUCCCUGAUACUCAUGGGAAAUUGUAUUAUUUGUAUGGAUUAUGUCUACUGAGUUACAAUGAAUUGCUUUAAGCUGUCCUUGGAGCAGCUUUUCCAAAUUUUAUUUAUAUUUUAAUCUUUUGAUUAGUUUUAAUGUCAAUUCUUUUAGGCACCCAUAAGUUGGUUUGAGACAAAUGCAACCAUGCCACCAAAUGUAUAAACCACUUCAAUUGCUGUAUAUACAUUUUAGCUUGCUUUUAUAAAUGUUUUUAUAAUCUAUCUUCAAGUUAUGCUUUUAAAGGUAUUGUUUUCCAUUUGUAUAUUUUUUGCU